AUGACUAUAUUUGGUGUCAUGUUAUCAUUUGUGGUUGCAUCAAUUAUUGCUGAUAAAGUUGGUACAAAAUUCGAAUCAACUACUGUUACCAUGCAUAUUUUAGUAUCUAAAUAUCUUGGUGUUAUCAUUGCUGUGUUGGGAAUUUUCUCAUUAGGUAAAGAGAAAUUCGCCAUAAUUUUCCUUGAUUGA